AUGGCCUACUGGAGCCAAUCAAAACUUGUGGGGGGCGGGCUAACGUGGAUUUGGCGGUGGUUGGUUGUCGUCGGCGACAGGCUUCUGGGUUGCGGCGCAUUGUGCAUCGGUAGCUAGGUUGCGGCGGACUGCGACGAGAGAGUUGCAAUGAACAGGAUCCGAAUCCACGUCCUGCCGAGUAGCCGGAACCGGCUGACGCAGCACACCACGCGUCCUCAGGAGGCGCAGACAUGCGCCUUCACGCAGCGGCCGUGCUCUCAACCACGCCUGGACGGCUUGGAGUUCUGCAUCAAACACAUUUUGGAAGACAAGAGCGCCCCAUACAAGCAAUGCAAUUACGUCUCUGCUAAAAAUGGCAAACGCUGCCCCAAUGCUGCUCCAAAGGUCGAGAGGAAAGAUGGGGUGACAUUCUGUGCCGAGCAUGCCCGCAGGAAUGCCAUGGCCCUCCGCGCUCAAAUGAGGAAGGCGUCGUCUGGUCCGUCGCCGGAGACUCUGCUGUCCCAGCUGAGUGGGUACAGCCGCGCAGAGACGCACGGGCUCGAUGGAGGUCGCGCUGAAGCAAGUCGUAUUCUAGAUGAAGACAGUCCAAUGAGUGAGGAGGAGCAGGGUCCCCUGGUACUGGACCAGACAUGGAGAGGAGACCCCGAAAGUGAGGGCGACAGCAUCGACAGUGACCACGAGGAUCCUCUGAAACAUGCUGGCGUGUACACGGCAGAGGAGGUGGCGCUCUUCACUCGAGAUAAACUCAUCAGGCUCCAGUCUCUCUACAUUGAUCAGUUCAAACGCCUGCAGCAUCUGCUGAAGGAGAAGAAGCGCAGAUAUCUGCACAACCGCAAAAUCGAACAUGAAACCAUCGGAAGCAGUCUCCUGACAGGACCUGAAGGCCUGUCUGUAAAGGAGAGGGAGAACCUGAAAAAGCUCAAAGCUCUGCGUCGCUACCGCCGCCGCUAUGGUGUCGAAGCUCUGCUGCACCGGCAACUGAGAGAGCGAAGACAGACAUUGACGGAAGGAGCUCCUCAGGUACAUUCGCGAGCGGCGCAGGAGAAAUGCAUUUCCUUCAUGGAUGGAAGUCGAUGCUGCAAUCCCUGCCUUCCCCUGACUCGUCACUGCGUCGCCCAUAUCUUCCAGGACGGCAACCAGGUUCUUUUCAGAAGCUGCCCGGGAACCAAGGACAUCCCGUGCGAACGUACGGUGCACAUGGGCCAAUCGGAUGACCCCCGUUGCCCGCUUCACCUCCCCCUGCCUCCUCCCAUGUAUCAGCCAGAGCAGGAGCCCCCCCCGCAGGAGCACCUGACCCCCACCGGCAGAGACCUUUACCUGAGCGCUGCCGAGCUCCAGCCCACUGAGAGCCUACCCCUGGAAUUCAGUGAUGACCUGGAUGUGGAAGGAGAUGGGAUGCAGGGUCCGCCAUCCCCCCUUCAGUUUGACACAGCCCUAGCCCUCGAAGACCAGACCAUCCGUGCGAUUGCCGAGGCCCCAAUGGACCUCCUAACCGCCGAUGACCCGGAUCAGGUAGAUCUAGAUGCGUCAGGACAGGACAUCAACGACAUUGCAGAUGAGCAGGUUGCGUCCGAGGUGGGGGGAGCCAAAGAAGACGCUCCCAGAUGAAGAAAUGGGUCUUUGUUUUUGAAACAUUUUCAAAUGUUCACUAGUUGCUCUUUGAUUGGUCCUCUAUACUCACAAUAAACUCUGCACUCAUCCUG